GCUCCUCCUUGUCAAGAUGUCGACGCGCCCUCCGCUGCCAUCUUCCACAUCGUCUAUGAGCCUCGUGAGCGGCCCCGGGGAGCUCGAGUAUGGUGUCUACGGCCGCGUUCUGUUCUGUGGUCAGCUGGAAAAACGCCGCGAUGGUGCCGUUCGCGGAGGCUGGGCCUCGCGUCUUUUCGUCCUCACACCCGAGACUCUGCACUACUACCGCAAGGCCACUGAGUUCGAGCUGCUGGGAGAGGAACGUGGCCACAUAGCAUUGUCCUCCAUCACGAGGGUGCGUGCCAUGCCGGAGGAUGAAGCGCCCUACUCGACAGUAGAGCCGGGAGUAGAGCAUUACUACCUCGAGAUCUGCACGGAAGACCGGCUGUAUCUUAUGCGGACGCCGAUUCGCGAGGCGUCGACGUGCGAGAGCUGGUCAAUCGCUAUUGAAGAGCAGCGCAAGGUGCUUCGUUCGGGGAAGGCGAAUAAACGUGAGUGCCCUUCGAGCUCUGUCCCUUUCCCGGAGGCUCUACCCAGCCCCACCUUGUUAGCACGCAACCAUGAACUUUUCUCCCAUUUCGUAAAGUAUAAAAGCGUGCUCCUGUUUGCGAACGAACAGGAAGCGUCGCCGCCGCGGGUGGCCAUGAUCUCGGUCGUGCACGUGAGCGAGCGGGACGGAUGCCCAGCUGAGAAGGUGAUUAAGCGACGGACCGAGUGGGGCGAGAAGCUGGACCUCGGUGUGAUUCCGCAGGGAGGAGCAUGCGUCAUUCUUCUUCAGGAUGGGGGUCUCGGCCGGAUCGGUACACAAGCUCUCAUGAGCAGCUGGGAUUCGGGUCGGGUCUGCUGGAUUGAAGUCACAGAUGCCGACGUCCCUACCGAGAUCGAAGUUUCGGUAACAUGUAAGGUGUUAUCACAAGAAGCCAGGUUGAGGUCUCCCAAAACUUUAAACACCCACGAAGGACUACCAAAGUGGGUCGAGUGGGUGGACGAAGGCUCCAGUAUUGGUUUUCUGAUGAUGUGCCUUUUCGUCCACCUGCUAUACGGCGUUGACGGCUUUCACUGGUCACACAAGUGCUGCCUCACAGUUGGAGCCGCGCUCGCCAUCUCAACUAUUCUCAACGGAUCUACGAGAACCCCACCGACACCAACACCAACGCCCAGGCACUCUAGUCCCACCAAUCUACUCCCAAAGCUGCAGUUCACUCUCACUGUCCAUCGCUGCCGGAUAAAAAUGGAAGGCACGGAGUACAUUUACCCUCAGACGAGCGACAACAAGAAGUAGACCGCUCCGCUCCGUACUCGUUGUACACAUGUACUUCAAGUACUCAAUCAAACGCCAACGUGGAAGCGACUUAGAAGAGAACGAAGCAGCUUCAAAAUAAAUUACUUAUCCUACCAA